AUGCAGAAAGUGACUCAGAAAUGCUGUCUGUGUCACAAAAACAUAACAACCAUUAAGAAUUGUGGUGUAAAAUGCACGAAAUGUACGAAGUGGAUCCAUUGGAAAUGCAGUCAAUUGCCACCGUCACAUGAAAUUUGGACUUGUACUGAUUGCAAAAGAAGAAGUUCUCUAGUGAAUCGUCGCCCAAGCAGGUCAUCCUUUGGUAGCUCGCAUAUGUCAUCAGGGUCUGUUAAUAAUUCGGCGAAAAUUUCUUCAUCGGAAGCGUCAGUUUUAGAAGGUGUGACGUCAGAGAUCAAAGAAUUAAAGAAUGUCAACAAACGCAUAAUUGAGGCACUAGCGGCAUUAGAGGGGAAAAUUGAAAGAAUGAAUGGUACCCAGGAAGAAGUUAAUCGUCUAAAAAUAGAAAAUUUGAGGCUGAAGGAAGAAAAUACUCACCUAUGGAAUAAACUAAAAAAUAAUGACAAAUCAGCUGUAAUGCGUUCAGCGACUGAUUUUACUUUUCCAUCAACAAGUGCAGUGUCGCCAUCAGGUGUGGAGUCGUUGAACAAUGAUAUUUUGAACAGCAAAACACCAACGAAUGUUCCGUUACAAAUUUCUGCCAAGCCAAUUCGUGCAGUUCAAUCAUUAAAGUGGAUUCAUGUUUCUAAUCUCCAACCAACUACAACAAGUGAAGAUUUGAUCUCUUAUGUAACAUCGAAGAUUGAAGUUGAAAGUAAUUUGAUUGUUUGUUCAAGAUUAACACCCAAAACAAUUCUUAAACCAUUUUAUAUAUCGUAUAAAAUUGGUCUGCCGGAAAAGGUCAGUGAAGAUGUUAUAAAUAAUGAUUUUUGGCCAGAAAAUGUAAAGAUUCGUGAUUUUACUUCAACUUAUGUUAAUAAACCAAGGGGUAUAAUUCAACAACAUGAAAAUUUUCGUCAUGCCGAAAGCCCACAUUCAGUAAUGUAG